AUGCCUCAGCAGGAGUUCGUCCCCCAGAAGUACCACCUGCAGGACUCCACAGGUGAUGCUUCAGUGCAUCUGCAAAGUAGAGACGGCCCCAGCCCCGUCAAUCUCCGCUUCGAAGCUCUGCGGCCGGGAUUGUUCAGAACGACAUUCUACUCCGAAACACAUCCUUUGCCGCCCUUUCCGAGUGCUCGCAAGCCAAAAUCAAUCCCAUCCACAUUCGACGUCGACGGUGAUGGCUCUCAGAAGACGUUUCUUUCGGAGGACGUCGUGGCCAAAGUAGACUGGACUGGCGUCCCAAUCAUCUCCCUCGGUUUCGCUGGCCACGAACCGUUAUACUCCGAUCUCCCCUUCCGCGCGUACGCUCUUGAUGGCGAUGGAAUCGCACACUACACCCGCUACCACCGCGGAAGCCUCCACGUUGGCCUGGGCGAGAAAGCGGCGCCCAUGGACUUGUCGAAUCGACACUUCACCCUCUCCGCCACGGAUUGCUUCGGCUACGACGUCCACCGCACCGAUCCAAUGUACAAGCAUAUUCCGCUGCUCAUCCGAGCGACUCCACAGGGUGUCGUGGCCACUUUCUCUACAGCACAUUCGCGAGGCUCCUACUCCGUUGGCAGCGAGAUGGACGGUCUAUGGGGCUAUUACAAAGUGUAUCGACAAGACCAUGGUGGACUGGAGAUGUAUACCAUGAUCGGCCGUACUCUGCAGGAUGUUGUGACGUUGUAUGCAGAUCUCGUUGGCUACCCUCUGCUCGUGCCCCGCUGGGCGUUCGGAUACCUGGCAGGCGGGAUGAAGUACUCCAUGCUCGACUCUCCCCGCGCGAGCGAGGCGUUGAUGGAGUUCACCAGGAAGUUGGAACGACACGACAUUCCCUGCUCCGGGUUCCAAAUGUCGUCGGGCUAUACGGUGGCGGAGACCGAGCCGAAAACACGCAAUGUCUUUACGUGGAAUCGACAUCGCUUCCCUGAUCCCAAGGCUUUCUGCGACGCUUUCCACGCUCGGGGUAUCAAGUUGAUUGCCAAUAUCAAACCUUACAUCCUAGCCUCCCAUCCAGAGUACGAAAAGCUUGUCAAAGCCGGUGCAUUAUUCACGGAUCCGACGACGAAGACUUCCGCCGUUGCACGUCUCUGGUCCGCGGGCGGCGGUGAGAGUGGAGAGGGCGGACAUAUCGACUUCACCUCCAAAGCAGGCUACGACUUCUGGUACAAUGGUGUGAAGGAGCUGCGUAAGACAGGGAUGGACUGCAUGUGGAAUGACAAUAACGAGUACACCAUUCCCUCCGACAACUGGAAGCUAGAAUUAUCACAUCGCAGAGAUUCAAAUGUCGACAGCACUUCCGACAGAAGAGAUGUCGGUCUCUGGGGCCGAGCGAUGCAUUGCGAACUCAUGGGCAAAUGCUCUCACGAUGCUCUCACGGAAGCCAUACCGCACGAACGUCCUUUCGUUCUCACUCGCAGCGCCACAGCAGGGACAAUGCGGUACGCCGCUUCAACAUGGUCAGGCGACAACGUCACAAGCUGGGACGGCAUGCGCGGCGCAAACGCCCUCUCGCUAACAGCAGGCAUGUGCCUCCUGCAAUGCUACGGCCACGACAUCGGCGGCUUCGAAGGCCCGCAGCCGUCGCCUGAGCUGCUCCUCCGCUGGGUGCAGCUCGGUAUUCACAGUCCGCGAUUCGCCAUCAACUGCUUCAAAACCGGGGACGACAAUUUGGUCGGAGACGUCAUUGAGCCGUGGAUGUACCCGCACAUCAUUCCGGAGAUUCGCAAGGCGAUCCUCCGGCGGUACGAGUUGAUUCCGUAUUUGUACAGCUUGAUGCUGCUGAGCCAUUUCCAUGCCGUACCGCCGCAGCGGUGGGUAGGAUGGGGGUACGAGAACGAUACAGAGGUGUGGACUAGCAAGGUGCUCAAAGACGGUGAACAGCAAUACUGGCUCGGCGAUACGCUCUUGGUCGGGGGCGUGUAUGAAGCGGGCGUCAGCGAGGCGAAAAUCUACCUGCCGAAACGAAGCAAUGACGAUCUGGGUUAUUUGAAUCUCAAUGCUCCGCAUCAACACUUGCCGGCUGGACGGUGGGCUACAAUCGGUAGUCCGUGGAAAGGCAGCAUCCCGAUUCUCGCUCGAAUCGGUGGCGUCAUUCCAGUGGGCAAGAACAAACAAGUAGCAGCACCAGGAGACAAAGUAAACGAAGCCAACCUCCCGCAGGACGAUUGGCGAGGCGUGGAAAUCUUCCCGCCGCCGGAGGAGUACUCGGACGGUACCAUCAGCUUCGUCAGCUCGUGGAUGGAGGACGAUGGUAUCUCUCCGCCACCGGCCAAAGUGGCCAAAUUUGUGGUUGGGUAUGUGGCGACGGCGACGGAGGUUGCGGUGAGUUUUAGUCAGGACACUGCUGCUUUUGUUCCGCCGUGGGUUGGGAAAGGAUUGACUGUCAUUCUUCCGGUUGGCGAUGGCAGGAGGGUGGUUUCGAGCGAUGAGGGCGUGUCGGUUGAGGUGCGGCGAGUAGAUGAGCAGGGGCGAAAGCGGUUUCAUAUCAUCGCUGAGGGGUGA